AAAUCUCUCUUCUCUUCGCUAGUUCGCGCAAUUUUUCAGUAAAACUUCAAUAAGUGUUUGGAUUAAUUAAGAAAUUAAAUUAUCUUCUUUCGUUUACGCUUUGAGUUAACACCUAAUUUCAUUGCACGAAAAUAAAUAAUGCAGUUACUUUCUUGAGGGUACGUUGGAAUAUUGGAACUUUAUUUGGGGUCUACCAUUUUGUUGUGGAACAAACACUCUCGAAGUUCAGACCCUAGAUUAAAAUGGUUGGAGGGUUUAGGAAGGGGUUAGACACAUGAAGCCAAAACAGGAAGACCCAAAGGAAAUGGUGGGGGGCUGCUGUGUUUGUUCGGACGAGAAUGGCUGGACGGAGAAUCCUCUCGUGUACUGUGAUGGUCAGGGCUGUAACGUCGCCGUACACCAAGCAGCUUGUGGACUGAGGGUGGCCUGUAGACCACGGCGGCCUGCGGACAAUUGUAGCACUUCGGCCUCUGUUGCUGAGACUGGACAUGUUGGGAGUUCAGUACUAUCCAGGACUGCCGACAUCCGUCCUGGCCCGUACUUACGCACUAGUACUGGUACUGCCUGUUAUGGUAUAGUUACCGUGCCUACUGGAGCUUGGUUCUGUCGCAAGUGUGAGAGUCAAGAACGGGCAGCUAGGGUUCACUCAGGCGGGAGGCGCAUUUUUUCGCAGAGGUGCGAACUGUGCCCGAGUAAAGAUGGCGCCCUCAAGCGUACUGACUCGGGUGGUUGGGCACAUGUGGUGUGUGCAUUGUACAUCCCUGAGGUGCGCUUUGGAAACGUCACCACCAUGGAGCCCAUCAUGCUCCAACUCAUUCCACAAGAGAGGUUCAAUAAGUCGUGCUACAUCUGUGAAGAGGGUGGUAAAGAAAGCAGAGCCAUCAUCGGUGCAUGUAUGCAGUGUAAUAAGUCAGGCUGUAAGCAGCACUUUCAUGUAACGUGUGCACAGUCUAUGGGCUUGCUUUGUGAGGAGGCAGGAAACUACUUGGAUAAUGUUAAAUACUGUGGCUAUUGCCAGUACCAUUUCUCAAAGCUGAGAAAAGGAAGCCAUGUCAAGACAAUCCCUCCAUAUCGUCCCGUCCCAUUGGAGGCUGGAGCUUCAGACGAUGAUAAGGAAUCCAGAGACACUAAACUAAAGAGACGAACUGGACGUCCACCUGGUGUCAAGCCAUCUGGUCGUGAAGGAAAACUUGGUGAUAUCAUUGCAUCAGGAAGCACUAGUGCUAGUUCCAGUGGGGUGGUGGAACGCCUGGACAGAGGACUUGGGGGAGAAGAGAACGCUGGUGUAGCCCCUGGAAGCUCGGGUAUAGCUUUGGGAAUCAGUGUUAACUCAUCAAUUGUCGUCCCUAAUAAGGCUGAAAGAGCAGCUAAAAUAUCAGAACCUAGCCUUGUUAAUAGUGCUUCCUUGUCUGUCUCUGUGACCAAGGUUACGGCGCCGAUAACAGUCAGUGCAUUUUUAUCUAAUUCAACUUCCAUUACUCCUCCUUCUACCUCAUCCUCACCCUUAACACCAUCCUUUCCUACGUCUUUAUCUUCAGUGUCAACGUCAUUUUCACUCGCAGCACCGCCUACAUCCACUUGCACAACAACUUUCCCAUCAUCAUCAACAACAACAUUAUCGACUACUGUUUCUAGCUUGUCAUCAUCAUUAAUAUCAUCUGUACCGCCUAUAUUGACUGUAACUCCAUCUUUACCCCGCGCUAAAAUAUCAGAACCACAUCCCCAUCCUCCAGUCACUGCAACACUUGAAAGCCCUAACCAGAUAUCCUUGCCACACGCCCAGUCACAUAAUCAAGCACACAUGCCGUUACCUGCUGAUGCUGACAAAGACAAAGAGAAACAGCAGGAACGAAAUCGUAAGCUUCGACGUAAUGGCCCAAGAACUCCAAGUGGAAAUAGCAACUUUGGGGACACUGAAUCGAAUGUUUCAAAUGAUGAGGCCCAUUCUAGUGACCUUGUUUUAACUAUAUGUGAAGAAAAGAACCUAAGUAGUGUUGAAAAAGAAUCAAAUAAAGUGCCAAGUAAACCUUUGGACUCUUCAGACGAUGGUGGGACCUUAAAUGUUCAGUUCACACCAAAUAUGUCUACCUUGACUUCUAAACCUGUUACUGAUCCAUUCACCCCAACUAUGGCUGACUUUGCUUCAAGUGAACCAGCAAAGAGAGGGAGAUCUGGCAGUCAGGAACGAGGGCGGAGAUCUAAACGAGGCAUGGGUAAGCGCGGACGCCCUGGAGGUAUACGGGACACUGGUGGGCGAGACUCGGGAGCGUCCUCCCCCGAUUCGUUUACCAGCGAGUCGGCACCAGCACCUAAAAGAGGGCGAAAGAAAGCAGACACUAAGGAUGGGUGGGAAGGCACUCGCCAGGAAGCGAAGGAAAAGAUCUUUGAAAGAACUGGGGGGUGGGAAGGCACUCGGCAGGAAAGGAAGGAAAUGUACUAUGAGAGAAACUGGUCAUUACCUUCAGUCAUAACCAAUGGUGUUGGUGCCAAUACAUUAUUGUUGGGAAACCAACUAAAUCCAGCAUCUGCAGUUGCUCAAAAGAUGACGGACACACUUCAUGCUGAGCUUGAAGCGCACUCCAUAUACAAAGAUGAGGAUAAAAUCGUCAGUUCCCUUGUUGGGCCAGUAUUACCUGGAAAGAAAGAGAAUACAGGUGGAAAUAAUAGUAAUGGGAGUAAUCAGCCGCCACCAUUCCCGCAAAGUCUAGAACAGCUGCUGGAGCGUCAGUGGGAGCAAGGAAGCCAAUUUCUUAUGGAGCAGGCACAGCAUUUUGACAUUGCAUCAUUGCUGUCCUGCUUACAUCAGCUGCGUCAGGAAAAUGUCCGUCUGGAAGAAACUGUGAGCUCCCUCAUAUCGCGUAGGGACCACCUUUUGGCUGUUAAUGCCCGGCUUUCAGUGCCACUCAGUUCCCCAACUCCAGCGAAUGCUGUAUCAUCCCCAGGUGGUCCUAAUCCUCCUCCUCCGCCCUCCAUUUCUUCUUCACUAUCAUCGUCGUCGUCUUCAUCUGCACCUGCUCACACAACCUCGGUACCCACCCAUGCUGUAAACCCAAGACCUUCCAGUCGAGGGUCAGCUCCUGCUCCCCCACCACCUCGACCUCAUUCUCAGGGACAUCAUCCUGCAGCUGGCAGCAGUCAUGUGACGGGUCCUACCCCUGUUGGAGCUGGAGGAGCUGGCCAUAGAGGAGGAGGUGCAUCACCACACGACAGAAGAGGGCCCUCUCCGCAGGACAGAAGAGGUACAUCUCCUCACGACAGACGGGCUCCACCUCCCCCAAUUCCUAUUGAAAAUGGUUUAGGUGAACCCGAGUAUCGCUACAGAAGUCCUGGAACAGAGCACAGGCAACAAUCGCCAAUGUUGCCACCAGGAGCACAACCCAGCCCCACAUCACUAAGACACAGUCCAGCUAGCAGCAACUACCAUCCAAGUGUAUCACCUCAUGGAGUGGGUUCUCCCAGUCCGUCGGGUGUACCUCACGGUCACCAGCCAACCUCCCAUGGCCCUCCUCCUCCUCCUCCUCCAACUCAUGCACCCCCUCCUCACUCUAUGGCUUCCACUCAUGGAUCAUCAAGCCAUGCACCUCCUGGACAAGGCCCUCCUCAUGGCCCUGUAAGUCAUGGGUCACCACAUGGACCACCCCCACAUGGGCCACCACCGCCAAUGGUGUCUGUAGCCCACAGCUCGACUCAUAGUGUGGCUAUUAGUAGACCAUCUGAUCACCGUGGAGAACUGGUGAGACUACACACGGGACCACCGCCACCGCCUCCGCCUCAACAUCCAGGCCCUAACAUUGGCCCUGGAGGGUAUUCGGUAUAUCAGAUGGUCUCUCCACCAGUACCUGGGCCACAUCACUCUCCUGUGCCACCCAUGAAUCAGCCCCACCCACCACCACCACCACAUGCUCAAGUGAUGCGACGCGACCUGGUUGAAUCCGGAAGAGGGGCACCAGGGCCAUUGGAGAAGAGAUGACACAGAGAUUCGUGGGCUAGAACCAGAAGAUAACAACAGCUUUAGAGCUUUUGUCACUCCCAUGGACAUACUGUACAAAGGGAGGCCAUUAAAUCAUACCCAAGUUGUCAGUACUCAACUGGGGGAAUAUCACCUAGAUAUUCUGGCUCUGAUAUUACUUGACUUGUGGUCCUCCUGUGACUGGGAAAGAUGUGUUAGUUAUGGGUCCACCAAGUGAACCAUUGUGACAGCUUCACAUCUACAAAGCUAGUUCUGCUUUGUAAUUCAUAAUCAGUGCACCAUGACAGUUCAGGAACUUCAAAGGGAAUCGUUCAAUGACAUAAUGUGGUCCCUGGUGAAGAUAUGUGCUGUGUAAAUGCACUUAAAAAUUGAUUGUGGGUGGGCUGCUGCUAUAGUGAACCACCAAACUUACCGUAUGUCUCUGUGAAGCGUUUCCCAGUGAGACUCGCUAGAUUUUACAUAUAGAAAUAAGUUUGAUGAUUUUAGUUCGUUAACCAUGAUCUCCAGCAAGUUUCUCAAUGAUGCCUCAAAACCCAAGCAGUGUGAACUUCAAUCUAUUUGGUAAAAAUGAGGAACACAAGUUGCUUCAUUUUCACAGACAAGGCUAAUACCAGUCAUUGACAUUUUUGGAGACUGUCAAAAUGCUAGAUUGGCAUGAUUCCUUAGACAUUUGACAGCUUCAUUGUAGUGAAGAAAAAUGGUUCUGGUAAAUGGUAAAGUACAAAUACCACUCGUAGUCAACUAUGAUGUGUGUUGUCCAUUAUGAGGUCCACACUUGUUGGAUCUUCAUAAGAUGUUGCCUCUUGCUAUUUAAGAUGGUCGGGUAAAAAAAGAAAGUUUAGCCAUGUGUGAUUUGUUAUAUGAUCAUGUAAUUGAUUGUUUAUGGACAACAGUUUGUAUAGAUGAUGUCUCGCCACUUUUUGUCUGGAAAGCUUGUCAGUUCAGAAAAUGCUACUAUUGUCGGAUGUGAGCUUCAGACCAAGUUGAACAUUUAGAAAUGAUCUAUGCUGACUCAAGAGGGUAAACUAACAAGAACUUUAAAAUAUUUCUUAGCUGUUAUUUACGUAAAAUUUACUCCAGCGCUGCUCUCACGGGCUGUAAUGGUGGAAGUGAGACUUCAAAAGUUAUGUAAACUAAUUUUUUUAGCACAUAAAUAUUUUUAUGAUAGCCAAGUGUGAAAGUUAUAUCUUAAACAAAUCUGCCGUACUUAUUGCUGUGAUGUUGAGAGGCCUGAGUUUGUCUUGUGACUGAGCAUUAUAUGGGAGAAAUAGUUCCUUGUUUUUCACAAAUUAUGUGGAGGUUAACACUUUGUAGAAAUGGGAAAAUUGUAAAUAUAUUUUUAGCUCUUGUUUAGCCUUGUGUUGUUUAUGCAUCAUUUGAGUAAAAAAACAAAAAAAAAAAAAAAAAAGUGACCUGGCACACACACAUACCUGAGUACAAGUAGCUUAGGUUGAAAGUGUUUACUUUGACAUUUGUUUUAAUGUGACUUGGCUUCAUCCCCAGUAUUCAAUAAAUGGCCCGGCUCUCCAUUUUGUUGUUGAGACAAGGUUCGGUGAACAGUUAUAAAGGAACACUUGCCAAAAUCUGUGCUACUUUUUUUUUUUCUAUGGAAAGAUCACAAAUAAAAUUUUAACCAGCUCCAUUCCAUAAGUUUUGGGGAGAAUGAGUUUGCACCUUUUUGGGGGGAGCAAUAUUCGUGUUUUUAUAUUUGUUGGAAAUAUAUGUAGUGUGGUGCUUUUAAGUUAUAAUUGACUUCUCAGAUCUAUUUGCGUUAUGUUUUAAAGUGGUUGUGUUUAUUUUAUAGAAAUCAAGAUAAGCUAGGACUAUUGGUUGGGUGAUGAAUCGAGGAUGUGUUUUGUAUCAUGCAUCUUGAAUAUCUUUUAACUCGCUUAUCCUAUGUUAUUCUCUUGUCUUCUACAGAUACUUUCUCAUCCCUUGAAAGCUGGAAUUAGCCUAAGAUAAUUCUAAUAACCCUUGGAGGGUGCAAAUCAUUCAUAUAUAUAUAUAUAUAUAUAUAUAUAUAUAU